AUGCAGUGCAGUCGCGGAAAAGUUGACAGAAUACUGCAAAAUGCCACCAAACCAAAAACCCUGGUGGGCAGAAGUACAUCAGCUUCCCGAGCAGCUGAGACUCCAGAACAAGGGCAGGUUCGACGCCAGGACGAUCGGGCAACGCAUUCGGCCUCCAGAGCAGCUGACACUCCGGAACAGAGACGCAGUCGGGUCGAUGAUCAGCGUACAAGACAAGCAGCUUCUACAGCAGCUGAGACUCCAGCACAGAGGCAGAUUCGACGCGAGGAAGAUAGGACAAGGGAUGCGGCCUCCAGGGCAGUCGAGACUCCGGAGCUAUAA